AACCCUUUGCUCGUUCCAGCGCCCGCUUUGGGAUCCCCACACACUGUGCCGUGAUGGUGUGGCAUUGCGAUUGGGCAGCUGCAAUCGAAGUUCGAUUAGGCUCGAAUUGGGGAGAAUAGGUUUCUCCCAUCAUUUUGUGCCGGUAGGUGGGAUAAGUAGAAUUCUUAUCAGUGAGGAUCAUGGAGUCCAUAUUGUGGGCCUGCCUUUUUUGCUUUGCUUUUCACGGGAGCAGAAUAUUCGUGGGUCUUUUCAUUCCUCUACAUACAGGGAUUUGAUUUCAUCAAGGACCUGGGAGUCCUGGAUUAGUUGCUGGGCUUUGUUUUCCUGCUGUUGGCAAGUAUCUCUUGCUCUUGUAAAGUUGUACUGUUCUUCAGCAUUCAUGUGAGGGGCUCUGGUCAACGAAUGUCCACUAUCUGGUCUAGGUCAGGUCAUGCUUGUUUUUAGAUAAAAGGUGAUUGCAUCUGGUGAGUUUCGGGAUCUGUACAGGUUCCCUAAACCUGUAUGCUUGUUCUGGGUUUCUAAAACCUUUUUUCUUCUUAAUAUAUUGAUACACAGCUCUCCUGCGUGUUCAGGAAAAAAAAUGUCCACUCUCUGCAACUGUGCAGUCCUGGGCACAUUGUUAAGCUCCAGCCCUCUCCACCACCUGGUUGAAGGCAUGCAGGUCCAUGCGAAUGAGGGUGGUGUUACUCAAACUCGGGGUGGCAUAUACUGGAUAAUCUUGCCCGCUGGAUAUCUGGGCUCAUCAUUUUGGGGAAUGAUCUUCAUACUUGCAUCCACAAAUCUCCUCACUACGAGAAUUGCAGCGGGUUGUUUCAUACUUGCAUUGGUUGUUGUUCUUUUUGUUGCAGAUAAUUGGUUUCUUCGCUGGCUCUGCAUUGGAUUCGUUGUGUUCAUUGCUGUUGUUUGGGUCAUACAAGAAUUUACAUCUUUCCAUAUUCUGAAAUAUGUGAUCUUAUUCAUAGGUGUGAUGAACAGCUUAUUUUCAGUUUAUGAUAUUUACGAUGACUUGAUAUCCCGAAGAGUUCAUUCAAGUGAUGCUGAGAAAUUUGCUGAAAUCUGCCCUUGCCCCUGCAAUGGUGUUGGAUGGGGUGUUAUAUGGGGCUUCAUUUCAUUUAUCUUUCUCUGUGCAUCGAUAUACCUUGGACUGGUCAUAUUGUCGUGAGGAUUUCAACCUCGUGCUGUUUUGAUCUGACAACCAACUCAGGUUGGAUUUUUCUGAGUUCUCUACUUCUCAUUACUCCAGAUAUUGGUUCAAGCUUACAUUGUUCUGGUAGUUGUACAGAAUUCAUGGGUGGUAAACCUGUAUAUCCAUUGGAGUUAAAUUGGUGGGGAUCAUUCAUGCGAUUCUAUAGAUACAUUUUUCUUAGCCUUUGUAUUUAUGGCUGGUAGCCUUUUUCUAUUUAGGCGAUGUAUAUCAUAAUAUCUUGCCUAAUUGCUCAUUUAUCCAAUUCAAAAGCAGUGCAGCAUUGUGAAUUUUAUCUGGCACCCAUCGCCAGAACGAUUGACGGGCUGACGCUACCAGCAGUUUAGUGCCCCA